AUGUCGCAGGCCUCUCUAGCUCCGCCGGAAGUAUGGCGGCAUCUCCUCCGAGCCACGCUCCGUGAGUGUUCCUAUUUACCAGAUCCCGUCGCGAGAAAGUACAUGCACAAAUAUGUCCUCGAACGAUAUCGCAAGAAGUCGGCUGCUUUCACUGCCGAUGAGCAGAAAUUCGAGCAAGCUCGUCGUCCGUCCGCUAAGCAUCAACAAAGACUGAACGCCGCGAGUCUCGAAAGACAGAAAAAUCUUCAGAAAUCAGCUAGAAACUUCCUAUCAUUAAUACGACGGGGAAACCAGGGCUAUCAACAGCCUUUGGAUCGGAUACUGAUGCUCGCAUAUGGACGAAUUGGCGCUAAGAAAUACACUCUCCUCUCUAAAUUGGUGCCGAAUGGUCGUGGCGGGAACAAAGUCUUCAACUCGAGUGCCGACAUCGAAGAGUACCUAGAACAAAAGAAGAAAGAACCAGCUGGAGCCUACUGGGAGGUUCCCGAAGUGCUUCAAGCACUGAUUAAAUCACAAAGAAACGAUUCUUUCGCAAGAUCUGCUCACGGAAAACGCUUUCGAGCCAGUGAUACCGUCAACAUACCCAAGUUGAAUGCCUGGAUGAAACCCCUUCCCGAGUGUCGGCAAGAGAAUCUACGAAAACGACUACUUAAUAGAUCAAAAUAUGCAGCUCUACCACCAGCUGAUCCGGCCGAAGCGAAUCUUCUACGAGGCCUCAUAGACGGCACUGAGCCAUGGAAGCCACCCGUUCGACGAACGAAAGUGUCUCCCGCCGCUGAGCAGUCGCCACUAGAAACAUUGGUACAUGAUGGACCGCAAGGAGGACGGAGUUUCAAGGCAAUAUACCGCAAUGGAAGGCCUCACCGCUUGACGCGAAGGUUCAUGCGUACGUUAUGGGAAAAAGUAUACAGGCUGCUACCUGAGCAAGGCAUCAACCUCAGGGGACAGACGAAAUUCGACUUCCCGACGACCUUCAAGGCGCGAACCUAUGUGCUAACGAUGGAGAAGGGCGAGUUUCAGGCGCUUUUUGGGAAUAAGGAUCGGGAUCAUGACUGCAAUGCUGCUUCGACGGCUGCGAGUGGUCAAAAGUGA